AUGAACAACAACUCAGACAACGGGGUCACUGGCGCGGCCAAGACCGUCACUGGAAUUCUCGGGAACACAGUCUCUGGCCUGUCCAACACCGUCGGCGGUGUAGUUGGUGGAGCAACUCGCGGCCUUGGAGAGACUGUGAACGGUGUGACCGGAGGUGUUGGCAGGCCCGUUGGUGACGGCCUUGCAAAUGUGGGCACAGGCGUUCAGAAUGGCUUGUCUGAUGUGGCCAAGGGAUCGCGGGAUGCGGGGAACUGGAAGAAAUAA